AUGGCUGACUCUCCUAAUUUUCUGAUCUGGGCUUCGCUGACGACCUUCGCACUCGUUGUCAUCGUAUCCAUCAUGGGGCUGUUCGGAGGCAACCAGAUGCCUGUUGAAGGCAAGACCAUCCUCAUCACCGGGGGGUCAGAGGGCAUGGGCCUCGCUGCCGCCCGCCAGCUGUCAGCCAAGGGCGCAAACAUCGUCAUCGCCGCACGCAGCGUCGACAAGCUCGAGAGCGCCAUCAAAGAAAUCCAGGCUGCUGCGAAGAACCCGGCCAGUCAGCGAUUCCAUUACAUCUCCGUCGACGUCGCGAAGCCCGCGUACGCUGGGCCACUUAUCGCCGAAGCCACACAAUGGAACAACGGCCGGUCCCUUGACAUUGUGUGGUGCAUAGCCGGCAUCGCUACACCACAGCUCUUCUUGGACAUGGAGAUGGAUUCUAUGCGCAGGCACAUGGAUGUCAAUUACUUUGGCACGGCGGAGAUGUCCCACGCCAUCUUGAAGGAGUGGUUGGCCGUGGACGCGCCCGUCGAGAAGGAGGCACGACACCUGAUCCUCACCUGCACUACGGCUAUCUUCCUCGACGUGCCCGGAUACCUGCCAUAUGUGACUUCGAAGUGGGCGAUCCGUGGUCUCGCUGAUACUUUGAAGUUGGAGCUCGAACUCUACCCACAAAACGUGCAGAUACAUCUGGUAUGCCCUGGAACCAUCCUGUCAGCUGCCUUUGAGCGAGAGCAAAAGGUCAAGCCAGGAAUUACCAAGAAGAUUGAGGAGAUGGAUCCUGAGCAGACACCCGAAGAGGUUGCUGAGCGAGCAAUCAAGAAGUUGGAGGCUGGACAGUACAUGAUCACUGUUAACUGGUUUGGUGCCCUUAUGAGGUGGGGAGCCCUGGGCAGCUCUAGAGAUAGUAUCCUUGAUACUAUCAUGGCAGCUUUGCUAGCUUUGUUCAUGCCCAUUGUUCUUUUUGUCAUGGGCAGUGAUGUCAAGACCUGGAAGAAGAAAUAUGGGCAUCCGGAAACAUGGAAGAAGGAAUAG